GGGGCGCGGAGGUGGGCGCCGCGGCGCAGGAUGGGCUGGUGCGGCUGCCGCUCGGGGCCGCCGCCGUCGCGGCUGCUGCCGCUGCUGCUGCUGCUGGCGGCGACCGGCGCGGCCCCGCGCUCCGCGCUCUACUCGUCCUCCGACCCGCUGGCGCUGCUGCAGGCGGACACGGUGCGCGGCGCCGUGCUGGGUUCCCGCAGCGCCUGGGCCGUGGAGUUCUUCGCCUCCUGGUGCGGCCACUGCAUCGCCUUCGCCCCGACGUGGAAGGCGCUGGCCCAGGACGUCAAAGACUGGAGGCCGGCACUGAACCUUGCUGCCCUGGACUGUGCUGAUGAGACCAACAACGCAGUCUGCAGGGACUUCAACAUCCCUGGCUUCCCAACCGUGAGGUUCUUUAAGGCCUUUUCCAAGAAUGGCUCAGGAACAACACUGCCAGUAGCUGGUGCUGACGUGGAGACACUGCGGAAGAGGCUCAUCGAUGCCUUGGAGUCCCAUGGUGACACAUGGCCCCCCGCCUGUCCCCCACUGGAGCCUGCCAGGCUGGAAGAGAUUGAUGGAUUCUUUGCAAGAAACGACGACGAGUACCUGGCCCUGAUCUUUGAAAAGGAAGGCUCCUAUCUGGGUAGAGAGGUGGCUCUGGACUUGUCCCAGCACCAAGGCAUAGCAGUGCGCAGGGUCCUGAACACGGAGGGUGAUGUGGUGAGCAAGUUUGGGGUCACCGACUUCCCAUCUUGCUACUUGCUGUUUCGGAAUGGCUCUACCUCCCGGGUCCACGUGCUUCAGGAAUCCAGGCCCUUUUACACCGCUUACCUGAAGAAGUUCUCCAAGCUCAUCCGGGAGGCUGUCCCAACCAAGGUUGUGCCAACCACUGUUCACACGAUAGCUCCCACCGUGUGGAAAGUCGUGGAUCGCUCCAAGAUCUACAUGGCUGACUUGGAAUCUGCACUGCACUACAUCCUGCGGGUGGAAGUAGGCAAGUUCUCUGUUCUGGAGGGGCAGCGCCUCGUGGCCCUGAAAAAGUUCAUGGCCGUGCUGGCCCAGCACUUCCCGGGCCAGCCCUUAGUCCAGAACUUCCUGCAUUCCGUAAAUGACUGGCUCAAGAGGCAACAGAGAAAGAAAAUUCCCUACAGUUUCUUUAAAGCUGCCCUGGACAACAGGAAGGAGGGCACUAUGAUUGCCAAGAAGGUGCACUGGGUUGGCUGCCAGGGGAGUGAGCCACAUUUCCGGGGCUUUCCCUGUUCCUUGUGGAUCCUCUUUCAUUUCCUGACGGUGCAAGCAGCUCGGCACAAUUUAGACCACUCACAAGAAACAGACACUUUGUCCAAAUACAGUCACAUUCUGAAAUGCUGGGGGUUAGGACUUCGACAUGUGAAUAUGAGUGGAUGCAGUACAGCCCAUAACGCAGGCCAAGGACUAGCAGGUGCCCAAAAUAAGUCUGGCACGUUUGCAGCACCAGAAGAAGCCGAGGCCCAGGAAGUCCUCCAGGCCAUCCGGAGCUACGUGCGCUUCUUCUUCGGCUGCCGAGACUGCGCCAACCACUUCGAGCAGAUGGCGGCGGCCUCCAUGAACCGGGUGGAUAGUCUGAACAGCGCCGUGCUCUGGCUCUGGUCUAGCCACAACAAGGUCAACGCUCGCCUGGCGGGUGCCGCCAGCGAGGACCCUCACUUCCCUAAGGUGCAGUGGCCGCCCCGUGGACUCUGUUCUGCCUGCCACAACGAUCUCCGGGGUUCGCCUGUGUGGGACCUGGACAACACCCUCAGAUUCCUCAAGACCCACUUCUCCCCAAGCAAUGUCGUCCUGGACAUGCCUUCGGCUGUACCGGGCCCCCAGAUGGGUGCCCUGAGGAUGGCAGCCGGGAAUGUUACUCUGGGCCCCAAGAAGGCUGGGAUCGCGGUAGGCCCAGGGACCAAGUCCCCCGGAACCACUGUUCCUGAGGUUCCCACAGAGAGACUCAGUGCCACUUACCCCCAGGAUAUGCUCCUCGGUCUCAGUGUGACCCCGGCUGAGCCAGACCGGGGAUCUCGUGAGCACAGAGCAGAGCUUCAGAUGGAUAAGCUGGAGCAGCCAAAAGGGCAGCAACACUUGACCAAGCGAGACACAGGAACAGUAUUGCUGGCUGAGUUCCUGGCUGAGAAGAACCUCCCCAGAAACCCUUCAGAGCUGAGGCGAGUGGGUCGCAGCUCAAAGCAGCUGGCCAGCAUUCCCGAGGGGGAGCCGGAGGCUGGGCCCAUGGGGGGCCGGGACCAGUGGCUGCAGGUGCUGGAAGGGAACUUCUCCCACCUGGACAUCAGCCUCUGUGUGGGACUCUACUCCCUGUCUUUCAUGGGCCUUCUGGCCAUCUACACCUACUUCCGGGCCAGGAUGAGGGCACUGAAGGGCCAUCCUGGCCACCCCGCAGCCUGAGCCAUUCAGCCUAGGAGCGGGGCAGGAAAGGGAGCUGUCACUCAUGGUGCUCUUCCAGCCCCCUGCCCCUCUCCCCCCUUUUUCCCCUUGUUCCUUGUCCAGGGAAAUCCAGGGAAACUAGUUGCUCCAGUGAACUCCUUGGGCCUUCUGGGAAGGAAUGUCCCAUAGACAUAAAAGCAUGCAUAGGGUUUGCGUUCAGCUGACAGCACCCGGGAGGGCAGCCUUGGGUAGAGGGGUUGGGAGGCUCAGUCCCUGGCCCCUCAACACCAGAUUCCUCUUUUUCAUCUUAUUCAAAGUCCUGCCUGUUCUCGCUGAAACUUCCAUGUCUCCCCUUGGUCUUGGCCCUAAACUGGGGCAAGCAAGGCCACAGCUCCCCAGUUUCCCCAUCCAAAGGAGGGGUCCCAGGGCUAGUGGGCUAGAGCAGAACUCUUUGCUAUAUUCCAAGGCUCUGUCCAUCCCCCUCUCUUCUGAAUAUAAAGAGGCCUUCGUGCCAGAGAAAGAAGGAUUGCCUCUGGCCCUCUGUGGCCUGUUUAUCCUCCAGCCCCUCAUAUCUCCAGGAUGGGGUUUGUUUUGUGUGUGUGGAUGGCAGUGGGGGGGGGAGGUGUCUGGAAGCUUCUGAAAGUCCUGCUGGUCUCCCAGGUGAGGCUUGAGUCAGGGUUGGAGGGAGGAGAGCCUCUGGAUCCUUCCCCAGACCUCUGCCGCUGGAAGUGGUGUGGACUUGGAUGAGUGAUGGCCGCAGGGCUGGGUGGUGAGCAGCUGGCUCAGUGGGACUGGAAAAGAGCUAGUAUGGGAUUUAGGGAAGGGUACUGGUGUCUUUAGUGCCUUGGCUCUGGGCUGAGCAGUGAGGGUACAGCGAAGCCACAGGAAAAAGAUGGUUGCUUCAGAUGUGCUUUGGCUCCUCCCCAGUGGACUCUACCCCUCUUGGAGUGGGGUCUUUUGUCUUUUGAUCUUGGCCUCCAAAACAGAUGCUAAUCUUUGAAUGUGGAGGGUGCUGGAGUGAGAGGGGAGUAUCAUUUCUCUUGAGGGUCCACCUCCCAUCGUGUAGAGGUUAAAAGGGUCAGAGGGGAGGGUGACUAUAUGUACACAUGCUUGAUUCCCACUCUACCCCACUGCUUGAGGUAGGGGGUUGUGGAAUAAAUUAUUUUUGUUAAGGCAA